AUGACUACCAUCAGCAAAAGCUCACCGCGCCUCAAGGUCACUGUCGUCGGCGCGGGUAUCGCCGGCCUUGCAACGGCUCGCGCACUGCGAGAGCACCACGACGUCGUCAUUCUCGAGACCUCGCGCCUCAAGACCGAGACUGGCGCCGCCAUCGGUACGGGCCCCAACGCCUCCCGCAUCCUUCUCGGAUGGGGCGUCGACCUCGCCAAGCUCGAGUCUCCCGACGGUCGCAGGAUCAUUGAAUUCAACAAGCAGGGCGACGUGCUGCAGGACAUCAAGCUCGACAUGCACAAGACGUAUGGCGCGCCCUUCCUCCUCAACCACCGCAUCGCCCUGCACCGGGAGCUGAAGAGGCUCGCCACGUCUGAGGACGCGGGCAUCCCUGGUAAGCCUGCCAAGCUCCUGACCGCAAGCAAGGUCGUCGCAGUGGACUGCGACACUGCCACCGUGACGCUCGAGGACGGUAGCCAGAUCCAAGGCGACGUCGUUGUCGGUGCCGAUGGGAUCAAGUCGACAGUGCGCGACGCGGUGCUUGGCCAGCCGCUGGUACCAAAGCCCAGCGGCCAUUCUGCGUACCGGACGAUGAUCCCCUUUGACAAGCUGCACGCCCUGCGGGAUGCGCAGGUGGACGAGGUGCUGAGUAUGCCCGGGCUCAUCAUGAUUGUCGGGCUGGAUCGCCGCCUGGUGGCCUACACCUGUCGUCUCGACGGCCAAGACCUGCUCAACAUUGUGGCCAUCGUCCCGGAUGCUGGCCUUCAACAGACGUCCAAGGAGAGCUGGUCGGCCGAGGGCGACAUCAAGGCGCUGAGGGCGUGCUACGAAGGCUUUUGCCCGCUGACGCACAAGAUCCUCUCGUUGGCCGACCAGUGCUCACUGUACCAGCUGCGAGACCAGGAUCCGUUCGGCAGCUGGACGCGUGGCAAGGCCAUGAUUAUCGGCGACGCGGCCCACUGCAUGCUUCCGCACCUGAGCCAGGGAGGAUCGCAGGCCAUCGAGGAUGCCGAGGCCAUCGCCUACGCCCUUCAGAGCGCCUCUGGUUCGGCUGCGGUCGAGGCAUCGCUGAAGCGGGCCGAGCGGCUGCGGAUUGGACGGGCGACGUUUGCGCAAGAGCAUUCGCGGAAGCAGGCGCUGGGCCCCCGGCCGGGUACCGAGGAGGAGGUGGCGGGCAAGAACCCGAUGCAGUUUACCCACUACCUCUACGACUACUCUGGAGCCGAAGACUGGGCCAAGAGGAUGGAGGGCCCGGAGCAGCGCGGCAACAGCGACCAGAGUGGUGCGGCGAUCCUGGCCGUGGCAGCGUGA